AAUUUUAGAGUUCCCAGUUCAUUGGUUAUAGGAAGCCUAGGAAUUUUGGACUAUAUUACAUGCGGAUAGAAUUGACGGUGAUUCUGGUUUCCUCUACAUGACAAAGAAAGACUUGAAAAAUGGUUAAAGAACAUGAAACGAGAUUCAUGGAUGCCCAGUAAAUACCAGUUCCUGUGUAGUGACCAUUUCACUCCUGACUCUCUUGACAUCAGAUGGGGGAUUCGAUAUUUGAAACAAACUGCAAUUCCAACAAUAUUUUCUUUGCCUGAAGACAGUCAGGAAAAAGACCCUUCCAAAAACAACUGUCAGAAGAAAAAAAUAGAGUAUGAGAAAGAUGUGUGCCUGAAAGCCAAGUCACAAGAAUCAUUUGCAUCAAAAGAGCCAAAGAAAAAUACAGUUAAUACAGGAGUCCUCCCUGAACAUGCAGAAUCACUCCAUUCAUCUGCGUUGGUGAAGCCACCAGCUCCAAAAGCAGGAAGUAUACACAAUAACAUAUUAACUCUUAAUCUAGUUAAACUGGAAGAUACUGGAAAACCAGAAUCUACCUUGGAAACAUCAAUUAACCAAGACAUAGGUGGUUUUCACACAUCUUUUGAGAAUCUAAAUUCGACAACUAUUACUUUGACCACUUCAAAUUCAGAAAGUAUUCAGCAGUCUUUGGAAACCCAAGAAGUGCUUGAAAUAACUACCAAUCAUCUUGCUAAUCCAAACAUUAUAAAUAAUUCAGUGGAAAUUAAGUCAGCGCAGGAAAAUUCAUUCUUACUCAGCACAAUUACCCAAACAGUUGAAGAAUUAAACCCAAAUAAAGAAUCUGUCAUUGCUAUUUAUGUACCCACAGAGAGUUCCAAACCUACAAUUAAUUCUUUUAUGCCUGUCCAAAAAGAAACUGUAGAAAUGGAAGACACAGACAGUGAAGACUCCUGUAAGGAGCUAGACUAUGAGACAGGAGUCUUACAACUUGAACAUUCUUACUGCAGACAGGAUAUAAAUAAGGAGUAUCUUUGGCAGAAAGUCUGUAAACUACAUUCAAAGAUUACUCUUCUUGAGCUACAAGAGCAACAAACUCUAGGGAGAUUGAAGUCUUUGGAAGCUCUUAUAAGGCAACUAAAACAGGAGAACUGGCUCUCUGAGAAAAUGUCAAGAUUAUAGAAAACCAUUUCACAACAUAUGAAGUUACUAUGAUAUAAAGACAGCUCAAAGCUAUGACUUUUAUGUAAGCAUUUUGCAGCCAAACCAGAUUAUAUGUAAAGUGAACUUUUUCCUGCAUAAAUUUCUCUGCUUAACGAAGGUCAGAAAGUGCCCUAACAUUAUGAACUGUGUCCUCUUCUUAUAGUGCUCAUUUUUUUUAGAAAAACUAGAGUGUUAUUGCACUGUAGAUAAAAAGUUCUAUUACUGGGUCAUUUCCAAAUUAGAGUUAAAAUACAAUGAAUAAGUAAUAUGAGUUUGUCCUAAAAUGAGAGAACAGAGAUAUGGUAAAAAAAAUAAAAAAUAAAAAAAAUGAAAGGAAGAAAAACAAGCCCAGAAUAAAAGGAUCAGGCCUGGUUCUAUCGUUGGCAUAUGACUUAGGCUAGUUACUUAUCAAGAUUGAGCCUCAGUCUCUAACCUGUAGAAUAAGGGCACUUACGAGAUCUCUAAUGAAGUCUGUUCCCUUAUAGUUCCUUCCUGUUCCAGUCAGAUACUUUUACUAGAACAACUUUUCUAUAAGGUAAUCUGUGCUUACAUAAUACUGGGUGUGGGCCAGAAUUUGAAAUGAUUAACAAUUGAAUUAUCCUCAAUAUUUGUGGAAUUCUAUGCUGUUUGACCUUUUGGCUAAAGUUAUCCAUAAUAACAAAAGGAAAAUAUUCCUUUUAUAAUUUGAUUCCAGUUGAACUAAAAUGAGGAACCACCAUUAGUCCAGUUCUUAGGAAAGGCACUUUAAACUUAAAAGAAUGUGUAUUUCAGUACCUUAUAUGAGGUUGACCAUCAUUAUACAUAGUCAUUUAAACUUCUUCACAUCCUAUAUUUAAGAUUAUAAUUUAUAAACCAAAAAUUUCAAUGAGGUUCAUUUUUAAAUAUAUAUUGCUAUAUUUUAGAAAUCAGUUUGUAUCUAUUUAAUAUGUAUAGCUUUUUAGAAUGUGUGCUUGUGUUAUUUUUAAAUUCCAGAAUAAUAGAGUAAUACUUACUACUAUACAUUCCCACUUAUGAAUAUUUUAUUAAAAUUUAUAUGCAAGAAAUUAUAGAUAUGUCAUGACCUUCAGGAGAGAAGUAGGAAAAAUCAGUGAUGAGAUAUAAACAAAAAAUACUGCAUAUAUUCAUAUGCAUUUAAGAAAAAAUAUAAAAGCAAAAACUGGUAACAAUGUGAAAAAUCAGUGAUCUCUUCAAAUUGGCAGUUAGUAUAAUUAAAUAUGUUACUGUUUAUGGUAUUGAGCAAGUUUGUAUAAAUCUGAUUCUUCAUGUGUUUUUUUAAAUUAGGUGGGCAAACGACAUUUUCUUUUAUAUAAAAAAUGCUAUUAUCUUGAGGGACAGUUUUGACAAAUCUAUAAGGUAGCAAUUAUGUUUUUGGUCCUGGAAAAUAGGAGCUCAAUAAAUAUUAGUGGACUGCACAGCAAAUAGUAUACCAACAGUUCUGUAAAUGCAUGGUGAUUAUUUUUGGCUAUUGCUUACUUUUUUCAGGCUAAUAAAAGUAGUUGGUGUUAUAUGAAUAUAUGUUAGCUAGAUAUAAAAAGUUGAUUAGAGGUAUUCUUAUUGGGUGACCAUGGGGGAAAAACUUAACAUUUUACAUAAAUUAAGAAAUUUGGUAGAUUUAAUAUGUUACUUUUAAGUAUUCCCAUGUUGCAUUUUGCUAAUACUUCUUUAAAAUUAAUACAGAUGAAAAUGGCCUUUGUAAAACAUCUAAAAAUGUUACAACUCAGUUUAUCACUGUAUACCUUGUAACUUCUAUUUGUUUAAAGUUAUUUAGCUUUAUUUCUUUAAACUUAAUAAAUCAUAAUAUUUAAGAUA